AUGUGUCGCCACACCAGAGAAAGGAAGGGGUAUGCCUUUAACAGUUUUGUUAGUCGCCAUUACUUUGCUACUGAAUUGGAUAGAGAGAUGUUCCCCUUCUAUGCAGACAUUCCUGAUAAUCCACAGUACUCAUCCCCUUCACUUUUGUUAGUCGCCAUUAAUCAAAUUGAUAGAAAUUAUGCCCUUUCACGUACACUCUUUAUAAGCAUCCAUGCGUAUUUCCUUUCACGUACUCUCUUUAUAAGAACAACAGAAUUUGUCGCAGCAGGGGUACCCCUGGAGCUUUCCUAUGGUCCACAGGUUGGUCAGUGGGACUGUAAGGACCGAGUCAAGUUUCUGGAAGAUGAAUACUCAUUUCGUUGUCAGUGCAGUGGUUGUUUAAAAGUAAACUUUUCUGACCUAGUCCUAAAUUCUUUUUACUGUGUCAAACCGAAUUGUUCUGGCAUAGUCUUGCAGAGCUCUGUUGUUGACUGUGAAAAAGAGAAACUUAAGCACUUACCCAACAUCAUUACCGUUGGCAACAUGGAGCCUCAUCUUCAGGCUGAAGAGUUCAUCAAUAUUGAUGACAUCGAUAGAGUGGCUCAUCACAUGCAAAUCAAUAGAGUUUUUCAUAUAAAUCCAGGCCUCUGUUUAAAAUCUUCUUCUUAUCGUGAUCUGGAAUCUUCCUCUGCAGCUGCAAAUAAAGCAUGGAUUAGUAUCAGAAGAUUACAGGAUGCAAUAGUCUCAAAAGAUGUAUCUAGCACCAUACUGGUGGAUGCGUUAAGUUCUCUUGGUGUGCUGAGAUCAACUUUCCAUGCAUAUAGUAGGAGCAUUGCAGAAGCGGAAGACAAUCUUGCACAGGCAUUUUGUUCCGUCAGAGAGUUGCAACCUGCAAGGGAACACUGUAAAGCAUCAAUCGAGGUAAAACUCUUGUUGUGCACAACUCUAUAUAAUCCUAAUCACAUUGUCAUUGGAUAUGAACUUGUGAAGCUCUCGUCUAUUCAGUUGUCGUUGGGUGACUGUGCUGCCGUGGACAGCAUAAACCGACCUUGUGAUAUAUUUUCGUGUUAUUACGGAUCUCAUACAUACAAGAUUUUCCCAUACCUUCAAUUCCUUAAGAGGAGAGAGAAGCAGACCUCUUCCUUGAAGCACCAACAAAAAUGAUUGUCUGGCAAGUUUUUGGACUCGUUGCCCACCCAAAUAGUGUUGAGAAUGUUAAAUGUAAAUAUAACCUGAUCAGU